CAUUGCCAGUUGCAUUUUGUUUUGACAGCAUUCUUUUAAUCUUUUCCUUGUUUUUAAAACUAAGGUAAAUAUUCUAUUGUUCUUUUUUUCAUUUAUUUUAAAUUUAUUAUUCAAGUUGUUCAUAAAUUUCUUAUUUUCAGUUAUCCUUAACAAUUGAUAAAAAUGGCCGCUAAAUUCAUUUGUAUCGCUGUUAUCUUCCUCAUCUGUGUUCAAUAUGGCUAUUUUGCCGCUAUUUCUGGUUCUGGGUCAGGAGAAGAGGACACUCCUUUUGAGAUUCCGGAAUGCACUGAUGAGAACGCUGCUAUCUGUCACUUAAGUGGUUGUACUAAGGUCUUUAGAAAGCACUGUUUUGGCUCUAUCUACGAUGCUGUCAAGACAAAUCUCAAGAGUUUCUUAACUGAAAAUGAUUUAGAUGCAAACCAAUUGAAAACUUUAGCCAAUCAACUUAGGCUAGAAGCUACAGUUUGUCCAAGCAAGUCUCUUUUGCGCGAGCUAUUUGAAGGACUUUGUGCAGCCAGAAAAGAGGGUCUUUUACCAGCUGAAUUACAGAAAUGUUCUUGUCCUUUCUGA